AUGGCCGAUAAUCAAAAGGAGGCUGAACAUAUAGACGGCCACGAAGAAGGUGCUGAUGAUGAGGUACACAAGGUCCUUUCCGCUCCCUAUUAACUGUUUAACUUUGCUCGAGCAAAUCAGCUUCCUUUGUUGGUGCAAGGGUGCUUAGAUGUGUUCUUGGGGCCUUCAAUUAGCAAUUAAAUUCCUCCCAACCAUCGUACUACUUUGUUGAAUCGGUUUGGAGGCUAAUCACGUUCUUUCUGCACUCUUUAGGAGGAGAUUUCUGCUAUGAAGCGCAGAGUUGCUGAGAUGGAGGCCGAAGCAGCAAAACUCCGAGAGAUGCAAGCCACUCUUGAUAAAGAGACCAACGAAUUACGCGAAGAUAAAGAAGAUAUUGAUGCGCGCAGUAUCUUUGUUGGCAAUGUUGAUUACGGAGCAAGUCCAGAAGAGAUCCAAGCCCACUUUCAGAGUUGUGGCUCCAUCAAUAGGGUCACCAUUUUGCUGGAUAAAUUCACCGGUCAUCCAAAAGGGUAUGUCUCAUGAUACAGCACCAACAUGGCUUUGGUAUAGUCUGGUACUGAUCACUGUCCGAAAUAGCUAUGCCUACGUCGAAUUUACCGAGCCUAGUUUGGUUGCCCAGGCCUUGGUUCUCAAUGAGAGCGUAUUCCGUGGCCGUUCGCUGAAAGUAUGUGAUGGCUUCCUGCCACCGUUACAUUUAUCAUGCUAACCACCAAACCUGUAGGUUGUCCCUAAGCGCACCAACCUUCCUGGCAUGAAUCGUGGCAGGGGACGUGGUAGAGGUGGCCCCGGAGGAAGAGGGGGAUUCUCACCCACUUACCGUGGUGGGUACACCCCUCGCGGGGGCUACAGAGGCGGUUAUAGAGGCAGAGGGAGGGGAUAUGCUCCUUACUAGAUGUCGGAAUAUGCUUGCUUCUGCUUUCAGUUUGGCCAUUAUCUUCGGAGGUUUUGUUUGUUUUCUUAUUUUGCUAAGAUACGGGUGAUGGUUGGGGCAGUAAACGCAAAGGGAAGGUUGCGCGGAGCCAAAAGUAGGUAGAAGCAGAUUCAGUAAGGGUUGUCGAGUGGUUAGUGAGUGGUGGCUGAAUUGAAACUGUGACGGUUCUGGGUCAUGUCUUUCUUUUUUCUCCUUCACAUUUUUUUCCCUUAACACUUUUAUCCCUAUUGUCGAUUCUUUGGUCUUUUCAUAUUAUCGAACUUUGUAUAAUAAGAGCUUUGUCUUGUGAG